GGCGUGCCAGUUCACAAUGGACCCUCACUCCCGCUUCUCUCACUUCAACUCUCGCCAGACAAAGGCAGGACCCAUAGCGUCUGGCUCGCGUCAUAUGGAGCAGCCCAAGACACGAAUCAGUCUUGACAACCUCUCUACUAAGAAGGGUCCGAAGACGCCAUCUACUCCCAAGAAAUCCUCGUCUAUAUCCUCCCCAUCAACCUUAUACACGGAGAGACCCACCGUUACUAACUCGAGAAUCAAGCAAGAUGAACAGUAUCGGAAGGACAUGCACCUUGCAUUCGUUAACAAUGCCCUACAAAUGAAGGCGAUGGGUAUCAGCGAUGCGUUUGAUGAACUCGUGGAUCAGUUCAAUCCGAGGAAAAUCAUCCAAGUUAUCCCAGAAGCACCCUCCCCCGCUCCUCAGCUUCGUCUGUGGAUCCUCGCCCUCUCGCAUGUUGUCUCGCGCCUCGAGCGCGUACAUUCUGGCUUGGUUGAGGCUAUCGUCAAUAUGCCAUGGACCACGAUGGACACAAGCUUCGUCAAGUCAUACACCAAUUUCAUCGGAAUGCUAGUCAGUGCGAGACCCGAGUAUCUGUCGCUUGUACUCGGGAAGAUCUCCCAAGGGCUCACAUAUCAAUCCGGUCUGCAAGCACUGGACUCCGGUUUGCCGGAAAGCUCUGCGAGGCCACUCACUCGUCGAAUAGUUUACGACCGUAUUCAUUACCUCCUGCGACAUCUGAUCUCCCUCGUACCCACGUGCCCUUCCACUCUCCAACCCCUACUUGCACGCAACUUCCCGCAUAAGCGGCAAAACCAGAUAGCCCAAGUGACAUACAUACGCAACCUGCUCCGGGUCACUGAAUAUUGUCCAGAGAUUGCCGACCGCAUACUCGCACUGGUGAUCGAUCGCGCAAUUCAAGUCGACGUUGAGAUUCAAGUGGAGUUGGAGGAGCUGGAGGAGGCAUUAGAGUCCCAGGGACAGCCGGAGGUAUUCGACCUAGAUCCGUUCGAUACUGUACUUGGCCAAGAGGGCGAUGAAAGUGAUUCCGAAGGAGAAGAAUCGGACGACGAUGGAGACAAUCUGAGCGAUCUCUCGUCUGAUGCGGGUGGUGACCCCGACGACGACUCAGACCAAGAGGAUGUUGCCACCGACUUCACGCAUAUCCAAGGCAUGGUGAACAAGCUGGAUUGCAUCCUCAAGGUCAUUUUCGAUCAUUUCAACCAGACGUAUGCCUCGUCCGACCCUGUCCUCUUGCCUCCCCCGGGCACGCCGUCUUCCCGCUCAGCAUCACCCUCUAUGUCUACUUCGACUAUCGAAAUUUCUCGCUCUCUCUCGCCAAUGACCGUCGAAGAGGGUAAGGCGCUUCGACGCGCACAGUUCCAUACCCUCCUCGCCAUAUUCGACCGAACUAUCCUGCGCACAUUCAAGUCCCGCUACACGCAAUUUGUCGUCUUCUGGUACUCCUCCCUCGAUCCCGAGUUCGCAGACCUCUUUCAAGGCAUGCUCGUCUCCAAGGCGUUACUCGAAGAAGACCAGCCCCCCGUCACACGCGCCGCCGCGGCGAGCUACAUCGCCAGCUUCGUCUCACGUGCACAGUUCGUCGAUCGUGAGGGCGCACGGCGCGUCAUCCAGGUACUCUGCAACUUCCUCCGCGCGCGGCUCGACGUCUUCGACGCGAUGGCCGCUGCGGUGCGCCAAGGGCUCGUCGGAACGUCGACUAUGAACGUCGCGCAGCACAGCGUGUUCUACGCUGUCGCGCAGGCGGUGUUCCUCAUCUUCUGCUUCCGCUGGCGCGAUCUGCUCGAGGAUCAAGAGGAGGUGGACGAGUUCGCGCCUCAACAGGGCCCGCCAAAGAAGUGGAUGCCGGAACUGGACGUUAUGCAGCGCGUAGUCACGUCCGAGCUCAACCCUCUCAAGGUCUGUUCGCCAAACGUCGUCAUGCAAUUCGCCCGCGUCGCGCACGCCACGGGCUUCGUUUAUUGCUAUUCGAUCAUGGAGGCCAAUCGCCGUUCCGACUAUGCCCCAAACGCCGAGGGCGGACGCCCUCUGCCCAAGCCUAAAGCUAUCGUGUUUGAGCAGUCGGUGACGUCCGAGCUCAACGCGUUCUUUCCCUUUGACCCAUACAAGCUGCCGCGCUCGGGGUCGUACAUACAGGGAGUGUACCGAGAAUGGUCAUCUGUGGCCAUUGACGACGGAGAUGAGGAGGAGGAAGAUGACGAAGAUGAUGAGGGUGGCGAGGGGGAUGACGAAGAUGUAGCAUCUCAGCCCAUCGGUAUCAUGAUCAACGGCGCGCGCGCGGGGUCCCAGCCAGCUGAUGAGGCUGACGGGCUUGGGGAGUCGUUUGGGGGUAUGAGUAUCAGCCCCGCGCGGCCCGAGCACACACCGCAGGUUUUGGUUGUAUGAUAGGUGGCUAUACAUUCAUCAUGAACAGUCUUGUUUCACUAUUGCUUUGUCGUUUUUUGCUCUUUGCUCUCGCAACACGGAUCUUGCCUCUGG